UGAACGCACCAUUGUACGUGCGCUAGCCUUCUCCAACUCUGCACAGAUUGUCAACUGUACUGUAUUUUUAUCGUUUUUUUUUUCACUUCAUAUUUGCUCCCAAAUGCUGAUACUCUGUGGGAAUGCCUAAAGCCAUGUGACUGACUGCUACCCCGCCAACCCUGUCUAACCGGCGCGUACGCCAUUACCGCAAGCUCCAUGCAGCCCUUCACAUGACUUGAUGGUAGGGUGCAUGACCUCCCCCCUUGCCGACACACUGGAUUCUUCACUCUCAUUGGUGAAUGGUGCUGCCUGUCAAAAAAAGACACAUCCAUGCUCCAGGAAGGCUGAGUACAGCCGUGCAGAGGGAACCAGCCUGGAUUCCACCUGCAUGCAUCCUCCACUUAGCAGCUGAGACAGAUGUUGUUUGAGGCUGUAUGUGCUGAAAGAUCCCGCACCUGAAAGAUGACUCAGUCCGUGCAAGUUAACACUAAGUUGCCUGAUUUGGGCUCUUCGUUCCUCUACUCCACUCAAGAGGAAGCUGAGCAGCCGGCGUCAUACUCUGUCCAAACGCCAUAUGGUUUCCAGCUUGAUCUGGACUUCCUCAAGUAUGUAGAAGAGAUAGAAAGUGGGCAUAACAUUCGCAGAGCAGCUGCCACAUCUCGUCGCGCUGGACGGGGGCUCAAGACCUCUCAGAGAUGUCCAAGUGUGGGUGGGCGCACCAGUGGUUGGACAUCCACAGAGUCUCUCUCAUCCCCUGCUAGUGAGGAUGGCAGGGCCCCUCCCCUGCCACCGCCACGAAACCGCAUUGGUUCAGCGCCCUGUGAAGGGCUCUCUCUGUCCCCUGUGACCCUCCUCGGUGUCCCUCCACUGUCUGCCGGCGCCAAAAUACCACCUCCACCACCGCAACGCAACCCCAGAGUUGAGCGGACUCUCUUGGAAACGAGCCGGCGAUUACAGCAGGAACAGAGUCACCAUCACCAGAAUGGUGGGCGAUUCCAGCUUGCAGAUCCUCCCAAGCAGCUGUCCACCUCAACUCAACCUCUGCAAAGUAUCUGGACUAAACCCAGUCCUCAAACCUCUGGACGCAACACUCCAGCUACUGGCACCGCAGUGACUCCGGUCCCACCCAGCCAGCUGCAGACGGUUAGAGAGCAGAUGGCUACAGCCUUGAGGCAACUGAAGGAGAUGGAGGAACGAGUAAAAGGUGUUCCAGCGCUAGAAAAAGAGGUGGCCGAGCUUCGUGCCGAGAAAGACAUGCUGUUAAUAGCACUUCAAGAGAAGAAAGCAGACAAGAAUGUGGAUCGGCAGCCACAGAAACAGGCAGUAGAAUCCUCUACCCAGACCAUAGAGACUAUCCAGAGUCGAUUAAGCACUCCAACCUCACCUGGUCACAAAGGCCACGGAAGAUCUGGAGAGCUGAAGAAGCUGGCGGAGAAAUUUGAGGGGAAGGAAGAACGUGCAGCAGACCUUUCAUCCAAAGUUGCUUUGAAGGUUCCAGGGAAACUGUCAGUGGAGAAGAAAUCCGUGGCGGUCGGAGAUGAUCAGCCAAUGGACUCAGUUGUUUUCUAUUUCAGCCACGGUGUGAAAGAUGCCUCCGAGGGAACCGAGGUCCAUGUUUGUGAGAAGAGCACAGGGACUGAAAGCCCUGCAGUUUGUGACGAAGGAACACUAGCCAGAGCCGAGACCGGGGAGGCUGGGGUUUGGGUCAUGGAGUCACUACUUGGGCUGACUUCUGAGACACAACGCGAGAUGGACACCUUACAGGACACCAUUAAAUUCCAGCAGGAGUCUAUUACUGAUCUAGAGAACCAGCUGAGUGUGGCCGGCAAUGACUUGGGAUCUCUCAAAGCCCAGAUUGAGCAGAUAACAUCCAAAGUCACCUUUGAGAAGGGGGUUCUCGCCAAACCAGACUCAAGGGACGCCCAGAUUGAGAUGAUAUCCUCUACCAUAAAGGAUGCCGCAGUUUUGUGCCGUCCAGACAUGAUGGACGCAUGUACAGGAGACAGCUUACAACCACACAUGACUGAGCAAGGUGCCCAAACUGAUGCUAUAAUCACACCAGAAGAACCAGUGCCAACUGUCAUGGUGAGCACUGGUUGCCAGUAUGAAAAUGUAUUUGAUGAAAAGAUGGAAGAACAUAAAGUUCAUGUGCCAAAGAAGAGACAGAUGACCAUGACUGAUUAUAAAGUCUUGCCAGAGGAGGCGGUCAGUAUGGCUGAGGAGAAAGAAGAGAACCAGGGGGACGUAACGACACCCUGCAACAUCAAGACAGGUAUGCUGAAAUCCAUCAUGAAGAGAAAAGACGGUAACGGCUCAGGUGAAAAUCGCACAGCGGGCAAGAAGAGCUUGCAGUUUGUUGGUAUUCUAAACGGAGGAUAUGAAUCGACAUCUAGUGAAGAGGAAGAUGAGGCGGAGGAAGAAGGGAGCACCUCUGAAGAAAGUGGAGAAGGGGACUGCCUAGACAGCACGGAGGAGGACGAGGUGGAUGUGGAGGAAGAAACUUCAGAGGAGGAAAGAAAUGUCAACCUGGAUGAGAGCGACACAGAUGAAGAAACCUUGAGAGCAUCCAAAUUGUCAUCUGACGGCGUAAAAGAGAAGUUUGAGCUGACCUCCAAAAUGCGUGAAGCUUGCCUCAUUCUGAAGAAUCACCUCAAUGACGACAUCCUAACACUGAAGAGUAAGGAAGUGCUCGCCAGCACUCACACGGUCCAGCUCGAGUGGUUCCGCAUCUCCAGUGCCAAGAUGGCUCAGCCUUCGCGGGUCUCCGACUACCUGAUGGCAUUCUUAGAGGUGUCUUCGCUGCUGUUGGAGCACGUGGUCAACAUGACUGAUGGCAACGGCAACACUGCUCUGCACUACAGCGUCUCACACUCCAACUUUGGUGUGGUGGACCUGCUACUGGACACGGACAGGUGCUGCGUGGACAAGCAGAACAAGGCGGGCUACACGGCCAUCAUGCUGGCUGCUCUGUCUACCGUGAAGGAGGAGGAUGACAUGUCCGUGGUCAAGAAGCUCUUCAGUAAGGGCAACGUCAACGCCAAGGCCAGCCAGGCAUGCCAGACGGCGCUGAUGCUAGCUGUGAGUCAUGGACGUCAGGAGAUGGUGGAGGCGCUUCUGGAGUGUGGCGCCGACGUCAACGUGCAGGACGACGAAGGCUCUACGGCGCUGAUGUGCGCCAGCGAGCACGGACGUGCCGAGAUUGUCACACUCCUCCUGGAGCAGCCUGGUUGUGACAUCUCCAUUGUUGAUAAUGACGGCAGCAAUGCUCUGUCCAUCGCACUGGAGGCGUCUCACAAUGACACUGCUGUGCUGCUCUACGCCCAUAUGAACUACGCCAAAUCCCAGUGUGCUGGGGGGAGUCCAAAGGCUCAGAGGAGCCCGACCAGCACCCACAAGUCGUGGCCUGCAGACUGACGUGACCAUAGUGGAAAAGCAAACAAUCAUAACUGGAUCUGGGCUGUGAAACGCUCCACUGGAUUUUUCCUAAAUAUACAAUGUAUUUAUAUAUAUUGUAAUAUGCCCUGCAUUUAAAGUAUUGUUAAUAUGAGAAUAUUAUUUUUCCAUAAAGGUUAUACAGUGUUAUGUAUUUGA